CGUCCACCUAUUUCUUGCUUUUGCUUGUUCGCUUGAGACAAUCCCGUGUAGCCACGAUGGACUGAAGAAGGAACUAUCAAUUGGUGGGUUUUGAGGUUCUACAACUUCUUUCGUCUUUCGUCGUUUCGUCCUUCAGAUCACUCGUUACUUAUACAAUAUUCACAUUCCCAUUCUAAGAUCCACUUUGCCACUUGGAGGCGCGAUUCCAAAAAGGCCACGGUUGCUGACUUCAUUGUAUUGUUGACUUAAUUAGACCGGAUCAAUACUUUCCAUUUAAUCUGAUUAGACAUCUACACAACUUCUGUACCGUUUACUUCAAUCCUAACUUGUUGCCAUUUGCCCCAUUACGUUCCUAGAGACCUACGAAGGCCUAGCGAUUAAUCGUCUCCUCCCAACCGAACGCUCUAAAACGCUUUGCGCCGAAGUACGAAUGGGUGUCGAAACUCGACGGUCUAAAUCUAAGAAAGGAGGCGACUUGUCUGUCUCGACAAGUGGCCGCGUAAAUGGUCACUCAAACGGCAGCAUGAAUAAUAACAUGGAGUUGCGACGUAAAAACGUACCACAAGACUCGGGCCAGGUCACGGCAAACCUCAUGGCCCGGGAGUCUUUCUCUCUUGACGAAAAUGUUCCCAAAACCCCGGUUGCGAAUAAUCAUGGCUUCUGGGAACUUCCUAUACAAGACCAGAGGAAUUUCAUGUUGUUGGUGUUGCUGUAUUUCUUACAAGGCGUCCCUAUGGGUCUUGCGAGUGGUUCGGUACCGUUCCUUCUCAAGGAGCAUCUUUCGUUUGGCGAGAUCGGCGUCUUUAGCUUGGCAUCAUACCCAUAUUCGUUGAAAUUAUUCUGGAGUCCGAUAGUGGACGCGGUAUGGAGUCCGAAGGUUGGAAGGCGGAAAAGUUGGAUUCUUCCGAUCCAGCUCAUGUCCGGGUUCGGAAUGUUGUAUCUGGGGUCCAUGAUUGAGGACUUGAUGGCCACGACUGGCAAACCGGGCGGCCCGAGUGUUUGGAGCUUCACUGGCUGGUGGUUCUUCCUAGUCUUCAUGUGCGCCACGCAAGAUAUCGCCGUCGACGGGUGGGCUCUUACCCUUCUCACUCCUGGGAAUGUUUCCUACGCCUCAACGGCCCAAACGGUUGGUCUCACAGCUGGGCAAUUCCUCUCUUACACUGUGUUCUUGGCUUUCAAUUCCGGGGAUUUCGCCAACCGGUACUUUCGCUCUGUGCCGUCGGAAGAGGGUAUCAUGAGCUUAGGUGGUUACCUGACGUUCUGGGGCUGGGCUUAUAUUGCUAUUACUAUUGGGCUCGCACUCUUCAAGAAGGAAGAAAAGACGAGGAACGAGGACGGGAUCUGGGAUGUUUAUAAGAUAAUGUGGGAUGUGUUAAAGCUACGGAAUAUCCAGACCAUCAUUAUCGUUCAUCUCAUUGCGAAGAUCGGGUUUCAGGCCAAUGACGGGGUCACGAACCUGAAGUUGUUGGAAAAGGGGUUCGGCAAGGAAAAUAUGGCACUGACAGUUCUGAUCGACUUCCCCUUUGAAAUUGGUCUGGGUUACUACGCUGGCAAAUGGUCUCAGGAAUAUACCCCUAUGCGUCUAUGGUGCUGGGGUUUCGUGGGUCGUCUCAUCGCCGCCGUUUUUGCUCAGAUCACAGUCAGCAUUUUCCCGGCUGGCGGUGUUCAGUCUUGGUAUCUACUUCUGGUUAUUGCGGAGCACGUGUUCUCGACUUUCACUUCAACCGUCAUGUUCGUUGCAAUCUCUGCCUUCCACGCUAGGGUCGCCGACCCCGUGAUUGGAGGGACUUACAUGACACUUCUUGCAACGGUUUCCAAUCUUGGCGGCACGUUCCCCAAGUACUUCGUCUUGCGCUUAGUAGAUGCCUUCACACAGGCUACCUGUCACCCCCCAACGAAAGAGCUCGACAGCUCAACGCUAAAAGGGCCGCUUGUGACGGAGGCGUUUUCCUGCGCCGUCCAGGCCGAGAGGGAAAGGUGCGAACACGGCGGCGGUAGCUGUGAGAUCCUUCACGAUGGGUUCUACAUUGUCAAUAUUCUCUGCGUUAUCGUGGGCUUGUUGACUUUUACCAUGUACAUUAGGAAGAAGGUCCUCAUAUUGCAGGGUCUGCCGCUGAGGGCGUGGAGGUUGGCCGGAUCUCGAUAGCAGUAAUAUGUACUACUGUAAUCUAGAUAUAUGAUAUAGAUCGGAAAUGGCAAGUAUUCUUUGAUAUCCGUUGAUGUUGGUAAUCUUUGAUUGAACUAGUGCUCAUCUUCAGUCAAACCGUUAAUACAGUAUCUUUGUCUGCU